AUGACAGUUUUUCAGAAAGAACUCCUGAUCAGGGCAGAUGUAGACAGAUUGGGAAGAUGGCUGCCUAUCUUGUCAGGGACUUGGAGAAGGAUAAAACAUCUCUCCCUGUGCAUGCAUAGGAUACCUAAAAUCCCUCAAAAGGGUCAGAGCCUUUCAUUCUACAGAGAAAGCUUGAAAUCAAAUCUUUCCCAAAGAGAGAACCUGGGGUCUUAGUUUACCCCAAAGUGUCGAUGGCUAUCUGAGACUACCCUGGGAGCAGCUUCUGAUUCUGUGGAAGGCUAAAGAUGCUGCGGGAAGCUACAGACAUGGAUCAUCAAGAAAGACUCCAAGACCAACAGCUGGGGUCGGGGUACAUGAAAGAGCCUGAGCAGGACAAUGAAGUAGAUGAAUUGAGAAUUCUUCUUGUGGGGAAACAUGGUUCAGGGAAAAGUGCUGCAGGAAACAGCAUCCUGGGCAGGUGUGUGUUUGAGUCCAGACUCAGUGAGCAGCCAGUGACCCAAGUGUGCAGGAAAGAGCAGUGCAUCUGGAGGCAAAGAAAAGUUGUGCUCAUUGACACUCCAGAUAUCUUUUCCCAAAUGGGCUCCCAGAAAGAGCUCUGCCAUCUCUCCUCUCUAUGCUCCCCAGGCCUGCACGCCCUCCUUCUAGUGACCCCACUGGGCUCCUACACAGAGGAAGAUGAGAGAGUGGUGGGGAACAUCAAGAAGGUUUUUGGGGAAGAAGCUCUGAGGAAACACUUGAUCAUUCUGUUCACCCGGAAAGAAGACUUGGCAAGCAAGGACCUGAUGGAGUUCAUAAAGAAUACAGAUAAGCCUCUUCAGAAACUCAUUUGGGAUUAUGGAUUUCAGUACUACGCUUUCAAUUACCGAGUCACAGGAGAAGAGGAACAACUCCAAGUGAAUGGGCUUCUGGAGGAGAUCAACAAAAUGGUAGACAGGAAUGGAGGGUCUGGGCACAUGAUAAAGCCCAAGCAGGACAAAGAGAUGGAUGAAUUGAGGAUUCUUCUUGUGGGGAAACAUGGUUCAGGGAAAAGUGCUGCAGGAAACAGCAUCAUGGGCAGGUGUGUGUUUGAGUCCAGACUCAGUGAGCAGUCAGUGACUCAAGUGUGUAAGAAAGAGCAGCGGAUUUGGAGACACAGAAAAGUUGUGCUCAUUGACACUCCAGGUAUCUUUUCCCAAAUGGACUGCCAGAAAGAGCUCUGCCAUCUCUCCUCCCUAUGCUCCCCAGGCCCGCAUGCCCUCCUUCUAGUGACCCCACUGGGCUCUUAUACAGAGGAAGAUGAGAGAGUGGUGGGGAACAUUAAGAAGCUUUUUGGAGAGGAAGCUCUGAAGAGACAUGUGGUCAUUCUGUUCACCCAAAAAGAAGACUUGGCAGGCAGGAACCUGUUGGAGUUCAUAAAGAAUAUGGAUAAAUCUCUUCAGCAUCUCAUUUGGGAAUGUGGAUUUCAGUAUUAUGCUUUCAAUUACCAAGUCACAGGAGAAGAGGAACAACUCCAAGUGAAUGGGCUUCUGGAGAAGAUUGACAAAAUGAUGUAUGACAAUGGAAACCAGUUUUGUAUCUUUAGGAUGCCUGCUACUGGACCUGAUAAGCUAAGCCUCAUCCUUGUAGGGAGAAGUGGGACUGGGAAGAGCUCAACUGGGAACACCAUUAUUGGGGAACAUAAUUUUGGAGUCAAACGUGCAGGAAAAACAAUCACUCAGACCUGUCAGAACAAGGCCAGGGCCUGGAAAGAGAAGACUAUUACAGUUGUCGAUACUCCGUCCUUUGACCUUACCCUAGCUAGUAGAGAUCUUCUUUCUAAACAAGGGGAAGAAGCCUUUCGUAGCCUUUGCCUAUCUCCAGGAGCCAAAGUUUUCAUUCUGGUGAUUCAGCUGGGCCAGUUCACUCAAGAAGAUGAGAAGGGCAUUAGGGAACUAGAAGCCAUAUUUGGAAAAGAGCUCAUUGAGUAUAUGAUUGUGCUCUUCACCAGGAAAGAAGAUCUAGGUACUGGAACACUGGAGGAUUACAUCAAGACUUCAGAUAAUCGGCCUCUUAAGAAGUUAAUUAAACAGUGUGGAGGAAGAGUUUGUGCUUUUAACAACAAAGAAAGUGGUGUAGACCAGGAAAAGCAGGUUAAUGAACUUUUGGAAAUGGUGGAUAAACUGGUCCAGAGUCAUGGAGGCCAAGGCUAUCCUGCCAGUGAUAAACCUGAGACUUAUACCAGGAGGAUUACAGAUUUCCAGGACAAAAGUUUGUUCAGCACAAUAGAGAAAUGGGUACACAAGAAAGAUUUCUUUUUUUCAUAAUCAAUUGGUUCUUCUUGUGCCCAAUGACUUCAGGACAUAUGGUGAAGAUAUUCUUGGAGACAGCUAGAUGGAUGUUUUGAUUAAUUAUAAUGCUGAGGUAUGGCUAGCAGCAGAUUGUAAGUGGAAGGUGAGAAUUGAAGCAAAUUUUGAGGAAGCAGGCUAAGGGUCAAAACAAGGUAGUGAGUUGCAGUCAGGGGGGUAAUUUGGAAAGAGUCUGGACAUGCAUGAAGUUAUGAGUGGCAAGGCAGUAACCAUCUGAAAAGAACUCAAGUAUCAGAGAGUCAACCAAGGAGGGAGCAAUACAAAGUCAAGGGGGACAAUCAAGAAGGAAGAGAUACGCAGGUGUUUUCAGGGCAAGGGAAAGUGAGCAGAGGAACAGAUCUUCAGCAAUAGUAAUGAAGAAAUACUUUGAUUAUAGAAGCUAAUUUUUCUUCUUCAAGUUGAGAACUGCUCUAUGGGGGCUGGAAAACAUUACAAUAUGGCUGGCUUAGACCAAGCAGAUCAUGGGGAACAUUUAGUCAGUGUGACAACUGUGUGGACAGAGAAGAGCAUCACCUUCUGGAAGGAAUAUUUUAGUAUAAAUAGAUAUUUUGAUUCCUCUUUUGUGUUGGACUAUGACCUAUAUUAGCAUAACCUGUAACUCCAAGUCCAUUUGCAUAAGACUCUCCUCUUUGGUGGAGAUUGAUUACUUAAUGCUCCACACCUGCAUGAAGGAUAGAGUUGGUGAGAGAGAAUGUUUCUUCUGGCUUCCAGUUUCAAGGGAAGAAGACAUGGGAUUCCAGCCUCCUUUUAGGUCUCUGAAAGGAGAGAAAGACUGGGAAGGAGCUGACAUGUAGAGGACCUAGAAACUUCUAUCAUGUCCAUGUCUCCAGUUUUCUAUUCUAGAAACUUUGGGAAAUUUCUCAUUGGGUGAGAUCUGAGACAUUCUUUGUCUCUCUGUCUGUCUCUCAUUCACACACACACACACACACACACACAUACACACACACGCAUGCACGCAUGCACAUACAUGCACAUGUACAAUCUCACUCAAAAUGUGGGAGCUUAGUUAUGCUAAAUGUGUGUUGUAUAUUCUCAUAUGCAUACUUUCUCUGAUUUGUAUUUGCUAUCAGCUUAGAUAGCCAUCUUCUUUGUGUGUUCAUUGUGGAACAGAUAAUUGGUGUGAAACAAGUAAAGCUUUUAGAUAUACAAUUUGGAAAAUGCCUUCCCUGUUAAAUGAUACCAACAAGGAGCUUAGCUUGAAACUAAAAAUAAUUUUCCAGAGACAAAAAAUAUUUUAGGGGGGAGAUAAAUAUACUUCUCGUUCAGUGAUAUUUUUCUAAGAAGAGCACAGUGGCCAGCCUCGGGCCCCAAAUCUCUUGCUCCUCUCCUGGCAGGAAUCAAAGAGAUAUCUUUAAAGAUAUCUAUUCUACUUUGUAUUAGAAAAAAGGGAAAAGGUUUAUUGCUAGAAUCCACCAAAAUGUACCCUUCCCUUUCCUUUCUCUAGUAUCUUCUUGAGGUUCAUCAAUAUUUCAAGACAAUUGUCAUAGCUGGGGCAUGACAAGAAUUAAAAGAGCAAAUGAGGAGGAACGUAUGCUUGUCCUUCUAACCUCAGUAGAAAGUUCUGUGUAGUGGCAGGGAAAAGGUUGAUUGAAUUCAGUCUGAUUCAGUCAAAAGUAAUGGUUAGGGACUUUUCAAUUAGAGGAGUAAUUAAUGGAUCAUAGUCAUCUGAGCAAAUUCACCUAGGAGGUGAUGCUAGGUAAAGUGAAGCCAAGCCAGCAAAGACAGAGAUGAAAGUGUAUUGACCAACCUCAAGGAGCAUGGCCUGGGUGGUUUCACUCAGUGGAAGCAAGGAAGCUUUUCCAAAACUAUAUAGCAGCAGGAGCACCAAGAGACUCUAGGGUCUUAGGCUUUAUCUUAAUCUUAAUUCAGUGAGAGGUACUUAAGAAGCCAGAGAAAGGGCAGAAUGGAGAGGGUGUGGUAGAUAGCAGUAGCAGUACAGUGGAGAAACACAAGAACACAGCUGUGAAGGUAGAGAGUAAAAAUAGGGUGCAGCUUCAGCAAGAUGGAGAUGCUCCAGAAGAUGACAUCUACAGGGGGCAAUGUUUCAGGAAGUAGCAAUGGCAAAAGUGAUGAGCAGUGGCUCAGGGCAGAGCUUCAGUGGAUGACAAAGGCAGAGUUCAGCAGCAAGAGGAAAGAAGAUUUGGGACCACAGGAAGCAACAUCAGCCCCAAAAUGGAGGCAUCACCAGAUGCUCGGGAUAUGGAGUCAUCUGAACUCAACUGGUAGAAAUUUUCUUCUGGACAUCCGGGGGCAGAGCCAAGAUGGAGGCAGGAAAGUAGGGACUAGUGUGAGCUCCCCCG